AUGAAUUCCACAACUACACCACCACUACUCUGGUCCAAUGGUUCUAACUUUCUGCGAUUCCUGUUGAUCUAUCAAACCACCCUGGUUACCUACCUGGCUCUACCCGUCUCCCUCAUUGGCAUAGCAUCCAGUGUGACUAUGUCGGUUGCCGAUGCUGUCUUUCUUCUUGCCUCGCUGCUCUAUCUGCAGAUCAUGAGGCUCUGCGGUGCCUGUUGUCGCCGAAUUGCCUACCUCCUGCCACCUUCGAAUUUCUCGGAGCAUUCAAAACUCAGAGAUGUUUCAUCGAAUGGCGGUAGUUGUUGCAGCGUCUUGUCCGUCGGGCACGAGGAAGUGCCUGAGACACCACUCCAACAGAUUCAAGGUAGCAAGAGUUCUGCUAGUCGUGACAGUAGUAUUUACCACCCUAAUGCUACCUCUAGUCCCCGUGAACGUCUUCGCUUUUGA